AUGGCGGGUUUAGUCUCCUCUGUUGGUUUGGUGCUGAUGCUCCAGGCUCUGGUGCGAAGCCAUGGCCUGAGGGCUCUGGUCCUGGGGAUGACGGUGCUGGUAACACUGGUCGUGGCUGACUCACCUGUUGCAGCCGAUGAGUCUCUGUUAGACUCACCACACCAUGCCAUGGGACUUCCUGGAGAUGUUACAAGUUCAGGAUUACCGCCAUCUCAUUCACCAACCUCAUAUCACACUGCCUUUGAGAGCCCAGACUCACCUGGUGAACCCACCCAUGAAGCUGGGGCUGCUGACAUUCUCUUUCCAUGGGGGCAUGUUCCUUCUGAAAACUCCAACUCCUUCACGCCAAGUGACUUCCCUGCAAAAGAACCACAUCCCCUUCCCACUCCAUCAUUAAGCCCCUCUGAACAUGCACUGGGGUCUAGUCCACAACUUGAGGCACCGGCUAAUCCCCCCCCAGACUGGAGGCUGGCCAGGAUAAGUUCUGCCAAGCAAUCUUCCUCUCUGCCUCCAACUCUUACAAGACCUCAGCUACAGCCUCAGUCAAAUAUAUCCUUAACACCAUUAAACCAAACAACAUCUCAGCUCAGCCUUAAUUCUGAGCAGAAGUCUCUAGAUGCAACUCUCACGGCUCUCACCAAGGAGCAGGAUGACGCUUCAGAGCAAACCCCGACAAUCAUGAGCUCACAGCCUGGUCAGCCUCUUGAGCCCCCUAAUCUGGCUUUCACUGACUUCCAGGCAGAUGAAUCUUACAGUAAAAUCUUUGAUGUGACCCCGCUGAGCCCCAGCCGCGCCCCCUUGCAAGGGAACAAACCAGCUCAUGGCGUAAAUAUGCGACCGGGCUCAAAUGAGUAUCUGGCCCCUGGCUUCAAUGUGCCUUUCAUCGCCCCACACCUUACAUCACCUUUAUCUGAGCCCACUGAGGUCCCUCCAGAGGAGUUCUACCCCACUAACACCAUGGACUUCGACUGGGGGUCCGGGGACUACUUGGAGACAAUGUCAUUCCUAAAUGCAGAUGGAGAGGACUACCCUAUGGUCACCAAGGUGCCCGUUGACUCAUAUGAUGCAGAGGACUAUACAGAAACUUAUGACACCUCUUUCCCUUCCAGAGUGGGCAUAUCUCCUACUUCCUUGAAUCCCCUUCGCAUCUCUCCUUCUCCCAGCCUCGUGACAACAUACAGUACCGCUGUUCCUCUGAGAUCCAUCCAUCCUUCCUCUUCUUCCUCCACAAUUCACUUAACGCUGGAACCUACACCCCCAGCUAUCAGUGAUAUACCUGAUGCCUCGGACAUAGAUUGGCCUGAUACUUACACAAUCCAACCAACAGAUGUCCUCUUACCUGACAUGAACAGCCUGGAGUAUUACACCAUUCAGUUGACUAAGGAGAACAGUGGUUCAGACCCUGGAGCUGAACACAGAGGGAACGUUACCGUGGUGUCUAUUACUGCUACAGACGUCACACCCAGCAGCAGCUCCACCAAUGAUACCAAACUGACUGAGGAAGAGUCGUCCAGUGAUAUGUCAGGGUUUGAGCCUCAUCAUGAAUCAUCUACAGAAGUAACCACAGAGCAGAGUCCUCAGCUGGUCAAUGCCUCUGAGCCUUUUCUGGAUCUGUCAGUAGCCCCAAGCCACUACUUAGAUCUCUCUCCUUCCCUCUGGGGUGGAAAGGUAUCCAGCACAGACUGGUCUGCACCUACAGUUGGCCUGGACAGUACUGUACUAACAGAAGCUAUACUACCCAGUGCAACGUCCUUGCUGUCAGAUUAUGUAUUAUCUUCCUCCUCUAUGCAAGAUGUCCUUUGGUUUGCGACAGAGGAACUUGUACAAAGUACCAUGCACACCACUCCUGUGUUUACGUCAACCAUGGCCUUCUCUCCUGGUUCAACUGAACCUGCUGCCAACACAACUGCUAUUGCAACCGGCUCCACUCCCCAACUCUCGGCUUUCACAACUGAACCAACUCAUGAUAUCAGUGUUGUUUCAACCAAACCCACCACCAAUGUCACUGUCGGCCCCCCAGUCAUCCUGGGUGAUCAGGGUGUGGAAGAUGAAACUGACAACCCAGCCACAAUGACCUUGAUCCCGACUAGCAGUGAAGCUAAUACGGUGGAUGCUGUACCCACAACUACAACUGCCACCGUGGAUUCUCAUCAACCCACAACUAAAAUCACUGCCACCACUGAAGCCUCAACUAGUAUCAGCCUCAUCUCUACGACAAGUGGAAAGACCAAAUCUACAGCUCCGACAUCAAGACAGUAUCUCUGCAAUGUUGACAAUCCUGCUUACUUAGUCAAAAUUGGUUUUCCCUCGGGAGCCACUGUUGGAUAUGCCAAAUCUCAAAUCCGAGACAUACUGAAAGUAGAAUUCAACAAGUCUAUGGAGCUGCAGGUUGUGGACCCACCACCAAAGUUUAUGUUUCGGGUGGUGUCUGGCCCAGUUGUGUACACAGCCAUAUCUGUCAUCAACACUCUGCGAAGGUCUGGCCGCCGCUUCCUGUCUGUGUCUCCCAACUGGACAACACCAGAUAAUAAGUAUCAAGUCCACACAGUGCUGCAGUUUGUUCCCAGUCACAUUGAUGUGCGAUUCUGCAACUUCAGCGAGAGCGUUACGAAAGGUCUGACCAUGGCCUUUGCAGAAUUGCGUCGCCGCUCAAAGGAGUCGACAAACUUCACAGUGCACAUUGUAAACAUAACCAUGGAUGCUCCAAAAUACAAGGAGCAGCGGCUAGUGAGGCAGCCGGUGGACAUUACCUUCACUGUGCGUGGUUCCAGAGGUUACCUGAUGGGGUCGGAGGUCAGCAACGCUCUGAUGAAGCUCACCAUGGUGGAAUUCAGCUAUUACAUGGGCUUUCCUGUGCUGCAGAUCGCCGAGCCUUUCCAUUAUCCAGAGCUGAACACCAGCCAAGUGCUUCGCUCCUCCUGGGUUAAAACAGUGCUCUUGGGUGUACUCGACCAGAAAGUGGAAGAAAGAACUUUCCAAGCCUCCAUGGAGCGUCGAGUGGCCAUGUUGCUCGGGGAGGCGAUGGGACAAGCCAGACGGGUUAGAAGAGCCACCACCACAGGCAACAGCAGCGUGCAGGUUGUCAGCGCGAGCCGGCUGCAGGGUGAGGACCACCCCUUGGAGAUAGUGUAUUUUAUGGAGGGUCCCAGUGGUCAGAGAGUUGCUGCAGUCCAAACAGCCGGCCUCCUCAACAACCUGGAUGUUCAAAGGGCGGCCAUCGUCUUGGGCUAUCGUGUCCAGGGUGUUUUGGCACAGCCUGUGGAAAAAGUGACGUCUUCCCCCUCCGACAAAGAGAACACGAACAUGUGGAUCAUCAUCGGGGUGGUGAUUCCCCUCCUCGUCGUCCUCGUCAUCAUUUCAAUCCUCUACUGGAAACUGUGUCGUACAGACAAGCUGGAAUUCCAGCCAGACGCCAUGACCUCCAUCCAGCAGCAGAGACAGAAGUUGCAGGCCCCCAGUGUAAAAGGCUUCGACUUUGCCAAGCUGCACUUUGGCCAGCCGAGUAAGGAUGAUGUCAUGGUGAUCCAGGAGCCCCUGCCGUCAGGGCCGGGCCCCGGGUCCCUCCCCCUGUCCAUGAAGGACGGCUUCAGUCCCUCCGAGAACGGAGAGAUCCCCACGCCCAAAUCUAAAAACUCAGCCUCCUCCACCAAGGCGUCUCGCAGCGGCCGGAGACGAGAGAGAAUCUCUCCAUCAGACGGUGACUCUGUGGUGAGUGACCAUUCCAGCGUGCAGGAAUCAACUGAGGAGAACCUGAGAGGCCACGCCACGCCCAGCGACGGCAAGCAGACCCGCAAGGUCCCCAUCAAUGUUUUAAACGGUCCUCCACCUAUUAACGGUACGAGCGAGAAGCUGUCAUCAGCCGCCAUCUUCGAACACGUCGAUCGAAUGUCUCGCGCCACCGACUCCAGCAGAAGGCUCCCCAAUAAAGUUCAGCUUAUCGCCAUGCAGCCCAUACCUGUCCCCCCGCUGCACAGCCCACCGAUCAACGGCAAACUCUCAGACUCCAACAUCAUCGACAAAGAGAUCCAGGUAGCAUUGAGGCACAAGUCGGAAAUCGAGCACCACCGCAACAAAAUCCGCCUGCGGGCCAAGAGGAAGGGUCACUACGACUUCCCCACCAUGGACGAGGUGAACGGGAGCCCCACAGACCAGGACCACAUCUAUCACAAAGCUCAGAUGCAGAUUGAUAAGAUCCUGGACCCGGACACUCAGAUGCCCUCAAUCUACAUGGAAUCCAAGAAAAGUGGUCGAGGGCGACGCUCACCCAAACAGAGGAUGAAGGACCAGCUGAACGGCGUGCUGGACGCAGACAAAGACCACCUGAUCAGUGAAGACAGUGAUGCUGCUUACAGGAAGUGUCCUGGCGUCAACAACGUGGCUUACGUGUCGGACCCCGACCAAGGCCCGAUGUCCCCUUACGGGAGCCCCUCCCCCACCGACGAUGUCUUCAUGGGUCCCGGCUCCUCUCCUCCAGGUCACGCACCCCCCCCUCCGCCCUACAUGCCCCCCCAGCCCUCCAUCGAGGAGGCGCGGCAGCAGAUGCACUCGCUGCUGGACGAUGCCUUCGCCCUGGUGUCGCCCUCGUCUCAGGGCAGCACGGCCGGCAUCACCCUCCCGGGGGUCAACAGCAACCCCCCCAGCUCCAGCCCCCCAGCCCGGGGCCCCAGGCCUUGGGGGCCCUCUUACCAACCUCUUAACCCCUUCCCUAGUAGGUUCACCGAGCUGGCUCUGUCCCCCCCUCCAGUCCAAGGCCUGACACCAAGGCUGAGCUCCAGCUUCCUGCCACCAGGGGAACCAGCAGGCCUCAGUGAGCAGUUCCAGCCAGACAGCCUGUACUCCAGCAGGGGGCUGUACGCUGAUGAGCUGCCCUCGUCUGCAAGACCCAGACCAGUGGGGGGAACUACUGGCGCCCAGCUCCAUCAUCUCACACAAGUGGGACUGUCCAGUCGGAUCAACGGUUACCCAGGAGGAGUCCGAGCUGCUCCGGGCCAGAACGGAGGCAUCGGCUGGAACCACUACCACGACGACAACUUCUCCAGAGCGAAGGCUGAAAAAGACGCAUUCCUGGACUGUCCUGACUACUCGUGCUCCCCUAUCUUCCAGAUGCCUAGAGGUGGUAUGCGGGAGCCCUCGGCCCCCCCGGCCCUCCUGGACCCCCCCGUGAGCGGCUACAUGUCGGCCCCUCCGCCCCUGGACCCGUCUCCUCCCUCCCACUCCUCUGCCUCCCUGAUCAAGGCCAUCAGGGAGGAGCUGAUGCGUCUCUCCCAGAAACAGGCAGCUAUGCCCGGCUACCACAGCUGA